ACCCCUCUCGAAGAAGACGCGCUCUUUCUUGAAGGCGAGCUUUUAUGGGCGCGCGGGGCAAGGAGCGGCGCUCCAGAGUUUCCCAGUGUGUCACGCGUUCUCUUCUGUGCACCGACGCCUUCGACGAAGACUACGAGGACCGCGAAGACGACGACGACGACCGACGGCCACUGCGCAGUUUCGCGAGUGGAACGCGGUCGGCUCGCGUUGUUAGUCGUGAGAAUGCGUGCUCCCGCGUGCGUCCAAGUACAGCCUUAUGCACUCUCCGGGGAAGUACGCGUAUACGCAUGUUUAGGUACUUUGAACCCCGGACCGGCCUCGGGCGUCGUCUUUGUCACAGGCGACUGAGCCAAUGGUUUCUCCGCAGGGGGUGGCCAUAAAGAUAAUAGACGUCGGGCAAGGUAAGAAGGAUUACGUAAUGAAGAACUUGACGAGAGAGGCAAAGGUGCUGUCGAUGCUGCAGCAUCCGAAUAUCGUGAGACUCUACGAGACCAUUCGGUGCGGAUCCGUGUACUAUCUCGUGACGGAACUCGCGACCGGUGGCGACCUGUGCACGCACAUUAAGGAGCAGCCGGCCGGUAAACUGGACGAGAACACGGCCAGGCUCUAUGCCAGACAGCUGGUCGCCGCGCUCAAGUACAUGCACUCGAGAGGAGUCGUUCACCGGGAUCUCAAAAUGGAGAACAUCGUGCUGCAAGACAAGCGCAAAGAACAGAUCAAGAUAGUGGAUUUCGGCCUCAGCAAUAUUUACACCAGCAACGAUCCUCUGCGAACGCACUGCGGAUCUCCAGAGUAUGCAGCCCCGGAGCUCUUCGUCGUAGGCAAACAAUACGGACCAGAAGUAGAUUUGUGGAGCCUAGGAGUCGUUUUAUACGGAAUGACCGUCGGUCGACUUCCAUUUCUGUGUCCACGCAACGAAUGGACCUCUUCGGAGGAACGUCGACGAAAACUGAUGAUUCAAAUCAAUAGAGGGUUGACGUCGAUCCAAGAAAAAGCUAUGUGUCAAACGUCGAGCGAGUGCAAAAAUUUAAUAAACCGUUUGCUCGUUCCAUCGGCUCGCGACAGGAUUACUAUUCAAGAGAUCCUUGAUCAUCCGUUUCUUGCGUCGAAAAAUAAUCUUCAUCUAUGCUCCGAAGACGAUUUAAACGUUUCCAAUCGCCUUGCGAUAGUAAACGAAAUCGCAAAGACAAUGCAAACAACAGCGAGUGUUAUUGAAGUCAAAUUAAUAAAACAAAAGUAUGGAGAAAUCGGUGGCAUGUAUAAUAUCAAAGCGCAUAAAUUACACCAAACAAUUGCUACUCAACAAUUAACACCGCAACUUCUUCGAAAUUCCGACACAUGCAAAACUGAAAAUGUACUAUUAUCAACAAUGACUGUUAGAACGGCAAAAGAUAAUUUUCCGGACGAUGUAUCCAGAAACUCGAAUAAUACUAAUUGCAUAAUCGUCAUGCGAAAUGGCCAGAUGCAAGAUCAAUUGAUCAAGAAAUCCUCGUUACAUAAUUCCACGAUAUGGAAUACGCGAUGCCACUCCGGAAACGGAAAUUAUUCUUCCAAAGAAUGGAGAAAUUCCAAAAUUUGUUAUGAUACAUCUACGGUGAACACGUCCUUAUUGCCUCAGCAAUGUCGCGUGCCGCAAAUUAUAAGAAAUAAGAGCGCUAAGAUUUCUGAACAACGAUUAUGCAGAGAUGAAAUGCAUCAAUCAAAAUAUUCUACAUCUCAUUCCAAUCUCAAGAGAAUGGAAAAAAACAGUACAUUUUCUAGAAAUUGUAAAGCGGACCACAAAAUGAUUUCUAGCGCUUCAAUCUUGCAAACUUAUUCGCGUGAUAGCAGAAGCAUACCUACUUCACAAAUUAAGGACAGUUUUUAUAAAAAAAUACUUACACCACCGUGGCAGUGUCGAACUGGAAGUGCAAGACUUAAAAAAAAUGCGUAAAAUUUCUAGAAUUAUUAGAUAAUAUCGUUAAAUCACUCAUAUGUACUAUCAAUUCAAGCUAUUCCAAAUUUGAGGCAAAUUACUUUUAUUGAAAAUUUUUCUGUAUUAUUUUUUGCAUACGUAGUAAUAGACGUACGUCUGUGCAUAUAAAUUGA